AUGCAUUUCUCAGCAGCUACUAUUUCAGCCAUCUUGGCUACCUCUGUCAUUGCUCACCCAGGUCAUGAUGUUAGACAAGAGAUUGCCGAGAGAGCUUCCUUCAUGUCUCAACUCAAGACCCGUGAUCUCAGCCACUGCUCUGCAAAGUUAAAGGCUAGAGGCCUUGAGCAAGCAGCUAUUGCAAGACGCUCUGCCAUUGCUAGAAGUGAGAGAAAGAAGAGAGGUAUCAGCUCUGAGCAACCUUACUUGAAGGCAAGAGAUGAGGCAACUGUUCUCAACACCACACACUUGUCUAUUGUAGACUAUGACACUACCACUGAUGAGUCCGUUGUAUUUUCCGGAAACAACUCCUGCAUUCUCAGCCCAGAAGUCACUCAAGGCCCUUACUACGUUUCUGGUGAAUAUGUCCGAGCAGGCAUCGUCGAAGAACAAGAAGGAGUCGAUCUCAUUCUUGACACCCAAGUAAUUGAUAUAUCUACUUGCGAUCCCGUCACCAACGCCUUUGUCGAGAUCUGGCAUUGUAAUUCUACCGGUGUAUACAGUGGUAUUGUCGCCUCAACCAACGGCAACGCCGCUGAUAUCGCCAACAUCAACGCCACUUUCCUCCGCGGUCUCCAGCCAACCGACUCCGAAGGUGUCGCUCAAUUCCAAACUCUCUUCCCCGGUCACUACACCUCUCGCUCAAACCACAUUCACGUUCUCGUCCACUUCAACGGAACUACCUAUGAAAACGGUACCUAUGGUGGCGGAGUCAUCUCCCACGUUGGACAAAUGUUCUUCGAUCAAGAUUUGAUUACCCAAGUCGAGGCUGUUUCUCCAUACAGCACCAACAACCAACCAACAACUUUGAACUCUGAGGAUAGUGUUUUGGUUGAUGAGGCUGCUUCCUCUGAUCCUAUGAUCAACUACUCGCUUUUGGGCGAGACUGUUGCUGAUGGUAUCUUUGGAUGGUUGGCUUUCGGUGUCGAUGCCUCGAAGGCUUACAGCGUCAAGCCUGCUGCUAGCUUGUACUCUAGUGGUGGUGUUGAGAACUAG